UUAUCACCUCUCCCUCCUCCUCCUUCUCCUCUUUCUCCUCCUCCUCCUCCCCUCCUCCUCCCCCUUUUUUUUUGACAACCCAACGUCGAGGCCAGUUCACCGCGUCUGGAAGGGCAGCAGUACAGGUGUGGAGGACACUGAGAAAACAUGAAGGGAGAAGAGAUCGAAAGCCAGUGGGACCAUUAAAUACGCAAGAGAAGUGGAGACAGUCGAGAGGGCCCAGGGCUGUCUAGCUGGCAGGAGCUGAUUCCAGCAAAGAUGGUUGAGGGACGAGGUGAAAGUGGACGGCCGAGCCAUCCGCAAUCCAAGCUGUGAUUUCUCGCACCACCGCGCUUCCAUCCACCCGAUGAACGGCCCACUUGUCCAUCCACCCCCUGGAUGGCCCAGUUCGCCCCCUCCAAAUCUCGGCCCUUUCGUGGCCCUUCUGAAAGACCAAUGUGAAGUGUUAGGCCCUCCUCAACCGGCUGACAGCGUGAGCGUCGUCGACGCAAAGGGGAUCUACGACGCUUUAUCCAAGCCGACCUCCGGAGCCAAGUCGGACCGCCGAGCUGCGAUGACUUAGCGGUAAUACGAGGUACCAUGGAUCGGAUCGGAUCGUCAAUACGAUGGAUGCCUCACCCGCUCCUUCCGGUCGACUGUCCCACCAAGGCAGAUAUGGCUAAGUGUGACGCUGCUCAGCUCCAUCUGUUGAAAUCAGGGCUCCUUCGGGUCACCGCCGAGGAGCAGUCCUUGCAGAAACGCAAGGAGGACCCCGGGGCCAAGAACCGCUCCAGGGCUGCGUCGAGAAGGCAGCUGGACUAGAAUCGUCGGCUCCCUCUCUCUCCGUCCUCUGCCCCCUUUUCUGACCCAGCCCGAGCCUGUGUCACGUACUGUGCUUUUGAGUGGCGCUUCUCAUAUUUGCUCUCAGUGCCGGUGAAUGCUCCUCGUGAAAACACCCUUGGCCAGAGCCUCUUUACGGGUGUUGCAGAACAGCAAGACAAUACCAUUCUGCCCCGCUGCGUUUUAGAGAGCAGUCAAGAAGACGCCCUCCACGUUUUGUCUGCCUCGGUCAGAGUUCCUCCCGAGCAGGCCGAUGGUUGCGGAGGAUGAAGGCCCUAUCCCGUUUCAAGUUCACUAUUUUCUGGGGGACUGUGGGAAUGAGCGCCUCUAGCUCAUUGAUCGGGUGAGCAGAGUAGCUCUCACCCUUUCCCCUGGACUUGAACCGUAUGAUCGGGAACUGGGCCCCCUCCGUAACGAUUUUGGCUCAAGGCCAUACUUCUUCUUUUCACUUGUUGUUAAUCCUCCGUCACUCACUACCCAUUCCAUUCCAAGGCCCAUUCCUUCCUUCCUCUGACUACUACGAGUGCAAGAGUGCUUGUGCAGCGCGAUCGGAGAUCGCACUGGGACUGAGACCGUGCUGACGGAGAAAAGGGGACACCUUGUCAUCUGGAGAUAACGUCGGUGGGGAGACACCUCCCCCUGCUUCCCCUCCCUGGUCAUGUACUGGCGGCCGGACGUGCUGGUCCUGGACGACCCCUCCGAGGGCCUGAGCCCCGCGGCCCGCGAACGGCUGGCACAGCUCCUGAUGCCCGGGGCGCCCCACUCCGCGUGGUGUGCCAUGAUUGUCGCCUCGAGAGACCGCGACCUAAUGGACCGCGUCUGCAACGUUGUGAUCGACGCGACGGAUGGGAACUACACCAAGGGCUACCUCAGCCAGGGUGACUUCCUGCGCUUCCACAGCUUCACCCUGUGGCAGCCGGGCGGCUCUGGCCUGCGCGCGACCCAGGCCGCGUGCGCAUUCGGGUCGCUGGCUGCCCAGGCAGUGCUCCCCACCUGGGCCGCGGCUUCUGGGGAGCAAGCACAAACAAUCGCGUGCACCUGCCUCAGGAGCGCACGUGCUUUUGUCUUGUUCUGCUCCCCGCCCUCGCCCCUUCGGGUGCUGGACGCUGGCACCGGCACCGGCCUGCUGAGCCUGGUGCUGGCGCAGCAGUGGGACCGCGCUGGCCGCGACCCGUCGGCGUUCCAGGCCUGGGGCGUCGACGUCGACGAGCCUGCCGCGACCGUGGCCGCGGCCAACUUCGCGGCCUCCCCGUGGGCGGAGUCGCUGCGCGCGGUGCAUGCAAGCUUCGGCGAGUGGGUGCAGAAUGCGUGCGCAGGAGGCGGCCCCCUUCCCGACAUCUGCAUAUGCAACCCGCCGUACGGGAACGUUGUGCUCAACGAGAAGCCCGGCUGCAGCGCAGAGGAGGUCCUGUCCCGGCGCCGCGCCCUGGAGCGCAGCUUCAUGCCCCUCGACGAGGUGUGCCAGUCCGCGCUGCGGAUGGGCUGCCGCGAGCUGUGGGUGUUGUGGGGCAACGCGGAGGACGCCGAGGUGCGGGGCGCCGCCGCCAGGUCGGGCUGGGUGCCGGCUUUGCUGGUCCGCUUCCAGCGCAGCCCGCGGAGGCCGAAGCCCCUUCGCGAGCGCCUGGCGGCUUGUGCGCCCGGGCGGCGAUUCCGGCGCGCGGCGGCGGCCGGGCGUGGCAGCGGCCGAGGCCGGUCGAGCAGCCCCCUCCCAGCGCAGGUUGGCGUUUUCCCCGAGGCUGUGGAGGAGCGCACGAUGCUCUGGUACGACGAGGGGGGCGCACCCUCGCAGGAGUGGCGCAGCGUCGUGGAGUCUCUCUACUACUGGCGUAUGGAGAACUACCGAGGGGAAGUCAGUGUUGAGCUGUCCUCCGAUGGACAUGCGGUCACCGCAAACACGGUCGAGGGUACACUUGGUUGCGCCAUGCGUUUCAUUGGUACGGUGGGGCCUUUUUCUGUCUCCAAGAUCGGUAGACGCCCUGGCAGCAGAGAUCAUUGGGCCAAGGUGUUCGAUGCGCGCCCGGCGGACUCCGCACUCCGAGAGACGGGCUUGCUCAGGUUGGCGAAUAUGUUCGAUAUCGACCUGGAGAUGCAGAAGCCCGCGGUCGAGCAUGACGGCGGUUUCGCCGUCAUGCUCGAUUUCAAAAUGGCCUGCACCAGUCCGGACACCCCGCCACCCGAAUGGAGCCGGCCCAAGCAGACCGCGGCCUCGAAGUUGCCCCCAGGUCCGCGAUGGUGGGCCACGGUCGAAGCCCAGCGGGCCAUGCCGCAUCUCGGCUUCCAGGGUCGCACCUCGAAGCCUCAUCGCUCGCAGCCGACCGCAGGGUUGGAGAACAGGACGCGGCGCGAGUCUUCCUGCUGUGGCGCCUGCUUUGCAGUGGUCCUGCUCAUUUGCAACAAGGGCGCCUGCGGGCACUCCGCGGAGUGGUUCGGAACGCAGGCGCUGCGGGCCCUGGAUCAUGCGGGCUUCAGGCGCACGGCGGCUCGGGACACCGCGCCGCAGACGGAGCAACCCAGGUGCGCGCUCGACGGCGCGGACGGCAUCGCGCGCCGCCUGCAGGAUUGGCUUGACCACUGUCAGGCCGACCGGGGCGAGCUCCCGAGCCAGCAUGAAGGCGGCAUGAGCAACUUCACCGAGCCCGAGGCCGCCGCCGAGGACGCGCGGUCGCUGGAAGGUCGGGGUCCGCAUGCCCCGCGCGUGGCCACCGACUUGCCUUCUGGCGAGCGGUGCCAGGUGCCAGCACAGCUAGAGGUGCUGGAGGCCGAGCUGCGCGCUUGCUGCAGGGAUACGUCGUACGAGUCGCCGAUGAAGCUCGAGGCGAUCCCGGCGGACCACUUGUCGCUCUGGUCGGAGGCCAUCGGGCCCGCCAGCCGCACCGCGGAGGAGGCCGUGGACGCGGCCGCCGCCCUCGGCCUGAAGCUGCCAGACCCGAACCCGUUCAUCGCGGAAGACCUGUCCGUGAAGCCGUUGCCGGAAGGAGGGGUGCCCAAGAAGCCGGUGCUGCUCCCGACCGACGGCCUGGCGCCCGUGGCCCGUAUCUACCACAGGCAGGACGAUGUCUUCCGCCAGCCCAAGGCGAGCAUCUCAUUCGUGAUCUACACGCCGUUCCCAAUGAGCGAGGGGAUCGGGAUGCAGGAGCUCCUUGCACAACUGCCUCUGCGCCGAGCUUUGGUGCAAGAUCGUUGCCGAGGCGUUGAUGGAGUACGCUUACGACGCGUACGUUGCGGGCGUCAGCUACUCCCUGUCCUCUGGCGCCGGAUCCAUCACGCUGACUUUGGGUGGCUUCAACGAUAAGCUAUCGGUGCUGUUGGGCGCCGUGACCGCGAAGAUGAGG